UAACGGCUGCUCAUUUCUUUAGAACUUCAAUCAAAAUUAAGGGAAGAAGAAGAGAGUAGUAAUAUAGAGCUAACUAAUAUUGAUUUUCUUGAACACCACAACAGAUACAGCAUUAAAUUCAACUAAAGUUGACCUGUAAAAAACUUGUAUAAUUUAGCCUACUAACAAACAUGUCAACUGCAGAUUUUGGAAAUCCGUUAAGAAAAUUCAAAUUAGUUUUCCUUGGUGAACAAAGCGUUGGAAAGACGUCCCUCAUCACAAGAUUCAUGUAUGACAGUUUCGAUAAUACUUACCAAGCAACUAUUGGGAUAGAUUUUUUAUCGAAGACAAUGUAUUUGGAAGACAGAACAGUAAGGCUGCAACUAUGGGAUACAGCUGGUCAGGAACGAUUUCGGAGUUUAAUACCCAGUUAUAUUCGUGAUUCUUCGGUUGCCGUUGUUGUUUACGACAUCACAAAUACAAAUUCAUUCCAACAAACAAACAAAUGGAUUGAUGAUGUUCGUGCUGAGCGAGGCACUGACGUAAUUAUUAUGCUAGUCGGCAACAAAACAGAUUUGGCUGAUAAAAGACAAGUAGCAACAGAGAGUGGAGAAGCAAAAGCGAAAGAAUUGAACGUCAUGUUUAUUGAAACGAGCGCGAAAGCUGGACACAACGUGAAACAGCUGUUUCGACGAGUUGCAUCUGCUCUCCCUGGCAUGGAAAAUACUCCAGAAAAGAAAGAAGAUUUGAUAGAAGUUCAGCUAAAAGACACUCCACAAGAUCAGAAUCCACAAGAAGGAGGAGGGUGUCCAUGUUAAGAGUGUGUUGUAUUAGUAAAAUAUCGAAACAGCAUAGCAUCGUAGGGAAGAGCGUACCAUUCGCGAGAUACAGUAAUAGUGGAACUUUAAAAGUUCGUUUAAAUAGUGCUAUAACAUUUGAACUGUUUCGUCAAUUUAUUUCCCUUGCGCUCAUGCAGUUGUAAAAAUGUUUUUUUAUGAAUCCCCAUAAUAGUGUUUUGGUCACUUAUUUUUAGCCAAUGAAAUGUUUCAGAUUUUAAAAUACGUUAAAGACAUGGUUAUGUUAGAUACUUGCGUCCCGUGUGUAAAAAUUCCCCUGUUGAAUUCUAUUUUCGUAGUUUUGUUAUUUCAAAUUUUUUUUUACUUUAUCUUGACAAUAUAUUUGGACCGAACCGAGUAUAUAUCAUACUAUAAACUGUGUUUGAUUUUUAACGCAGCAAAGUUAAAGAAUCUCGCACUGCGGCUUUUACAAAAACAUUUUCUCUUAUUCUUGAUCGUUCGCAUAAUCUUGUCUCGCUUAGCACCUAAUUUUGUUUCGUGUAGAACGAAAUGGUCUUGCUCAUUAAUUUUAUUUAGAAUAAAGUGUUUUUUAUUUGGAUAAAACAGUAUUUAUUAUUAUAAUCCGAACACGUAUUUGUAUAAAUUCUAAAAUCAAGAAUUUUUCAGUUCCCAAUUAUUUAUUUAGUAUUUUUGUUUUUGCGGAGGCAGAGUUUACUUUCCGUCCACAAUAAAAACUUUUAUCUCCUUUUAUCUCGCAAAUUUUCAUUCCCUCGAGACCUUGCACAAAUAACUGAUAUUUUUAUUCCAAUUUCAUUUAUAAGCAAUAUCAUGCUGACAUCCGAAUAUUUUUCAAUCUGAAGGCUAACCUCAUAUUUCACCAUUCGUAAAUUUCAGUUGUUUAAAAGAAUAAUGAAACAGGGCCUCUACUUGUAGUUAGCAUUUAUUAUUUUUAUUAUUGAAAAGGGUUAACCCCGAUCGGACCUCUGAUCAUGACAAGCGAAUAUAAUCGGUGUAAAAAAAUUGACGCUGCUGUUGUAAAUCUAAAAUUUCCGGUUUUCGAGAAAUAUAAGUAAAAUUAAUCUA